CUCCAAAGUUUUCUCUCUCUAGAUUUUGGCGGGAAAAUCUUCAAAAAAAUCCUCGAAUUCUCAUUCAGUCUUCUUCUCCGAUCAGGUUCCCAUCAAUUCAUACACAGAAAAUGUCGAAAAUCAAAGUUUGCGCGCUAUUCAGACCUCUUAAUCAGAAAGAAAGAGCAGAUCACGGCGAUUCCAUCUGCAUACACCGCGUAGACUCUGAAUCUUUCAUAUUCAAGGAUGAGAAGGAGGACUUCAAUUUUAGCUUCGAUAGAGUUUUCUAUCCAGGAUCUCCGCAAUCUGACGUGUAUGAUUUUAUUGCUCUGCCUCUUGUGCAAGCUGCUGUUGAUGGAAUUAAUGGGGCAAUUAUCACCUAUGGACAGACUGGAGCAGGGAAGACAUAUACCAUGGAGGGGCCUAGCAUCAUGGAUGGAGAUGAGAAGAACAAAGGACUGUUGCCAAAAGUGGUGAAUGGCCUUUUUGAGGCUAUCGCACUUUCAGAUGAGACGGCCAGCUCCAUGAUCAAGUUAUCCAUGGUUGAGAUUUACAUGGAGAAAGUAAGGGACCUGUUUGAAUUAGUCAAUGACAACAUACAGAUUAAGGAGAAUAGGCAGCAGGGGAUAUUUCUUUAUGGAGCUACAGAGAUUAAUGUUACCAAUUGUACAGAAGCACUGCAAAGUCUAUGUAAUGGGAUAGCUAACAGAGCGGUUGGAGAAACCCAAAUGAAUAUGGCUAGCAGCAGAAGUCAUUGCAUUUACAUGUUCACUGUCCAGCAAGAAAUCACAAAGACUAGAAGGAUGAAAUCUGGAAAGUUGAUACUUGUGGACUUGGCUGGAUCUGAGAAAGUUGAAAAAACUGGAGCUGAAGGUAGAGUUCUUGAAGAAGCCAAGUCCAUCAACAAAUCCCUUUCAGCUCUGGGAAAUGUAAUAAAUGCUCUGACUGGUGGUUCCCCUGGAAAAUCAAAUCAUGUUCCCUAUCGAGAUUCUAAACUUACCAGGAUCCUACAGGAUGUUUUUGGAGGUAAAUCCCAAACAGCUUUGCUUUGCUGCUGCUCACCAAGUCCUUCAAAUGCUCCUGAAAGCCUGUCCACUCUUCGAUUUGGUGCGAGAGCAAAGCACAUAAAGGCAUCAAUACGUGUGAAUUCCUCAGAAGACAUAAUUGCCAAAAAGCAUGAAGCCAUGUCUCUAAAUAAAGAUGAGCUACGUGAGAGGAUACUCAACAAGUUGAAGGAGAAUUUCAAAGCUGAAGAUGUGGAUUUGCUAGAGCAGCUGUUUAUACUGGAUGAUUUUUUCUUUGAUCCAGGUUCUGUUGAAGAGGUGGAAGCUGCUUAUGAAGACAUUACAGUAAGAACAAUUUCACUGUUGCAAAAAGCUGUUGAAGAUCUGAAUUCCAAGGUUGAAGAGCUUACAGAACAGAAUGCCAUUCUAAAGGCCAAAUUGAGGGCUACCGAAAUGUCUUACCCUCUGCACAAAGAAGCAAAAGGAAGCGCAAGCUUUUUGAGUGGGACUUUCGGCAUCAACCUUUGGGUUCCUUCAUUCUUCCAUGUAACAAAUUAAGAUACAGCUGCAUGGUUACUGAAUACAAGUUUUUGUUCUUCAUGCUCUUCUAAGUUUCUUUACAUGGAUCACUGGUUGCUACGUUACUUUUGUUUAGGAGUUCAACUUCAAACAUUCAAAAUGAGAAGCACAGUUUAAAAGCUGAUUGGCUUGAUUAGUGACAAUUUCGAAUUUUUUAUUCA